AUGCAUUUCACAUCUAUCACAAGGUCUACACUACAGUUGUUAGAAAGAGAGAACACUGAACUGCAUGAAUGUUUGACGGAAGAUGCAGAACGAUUGAGAAAAUUGAUGACGGCACAUGAGGGCCUCUGUGACCUUUUCCGCGAUACCGAUGUUGCUUUGACCAACGCAUUAGAGUUAUUCAACUCAAAAUCGAUACUGAAUUUCACGGAACGUCGUGAACGGCAAGAUCAUUUGGUGGCUAUAUUUUUUGUAAUUUUGAAUACCAGCGAUCAGGUGUGCGGAAGGAUUAAUCCGCAAAGUCUGGGUGCACCGAGUUUGGGUCGAGCCACCGGGUUUAGUUACACCACACGACAAAAAGCAGACCACAAUUCACCUGGAAAAUUAAAAUAUGAUACCCAUUUACCAUCAGACGAUUCUAUUCUGUUGGAUGAGAACACUUUCUCCAUGCCGCGGACUGACAGUGAUGUGCAUAUGGUCAUUUCUCCCGAGAAACUUUUCCAAUUCGGUCUAGUUGAAGUAGAAGACAAACAGAUGCCAAAGUAUCCGGCCACAUUCUUACAUGACCUUUCACUUACCGCAAAAGGUUUGAAUCGGCACGUGUCCACAGAAACAGCUAUGUGCUCUGUUGCUGUACAAACAAACCAACGCAGCGGUAAAACUGUGCAUAUCGGAAACGAGUUGCAACGUCAUUGGUCUAUUGGUUCGGUGUGCCGUGCUAAGCUGGAUCAGGUUGCAAUGUCUGGUUUGGCUUCCAGUGUGAACUUUGUGCGACCCGAUAGAAUUCGUGGCGAGCGGGGACAAUAUACAGUCGGUACCGGGAUAAACCGUCAAAGAACAGUGGUGUUUGAUUCGAUGCCCAGUAUUGCACUCCCUAGUCUACAAUCUUUGGCUUCAAUUUGA